AUGACUAUGCAGGUGCCUUCCUGUGUACCAAGCAAGCCCAAGAGGGCAGAUGUUCAGGACACAGAAGCAUCCCAGCCUGGAGGUGGCUGCCCACUUUCCCAGCUGAAGACCAUGCCUGCCAACCCCUGGGGCCUCUGGAUUCUUUGUUCCUUCAGUCUUGUGGCUGGUGUCUUGGAGUUCGUGCACCCAGAAUGCAAUCUUCUCCAAGAGCUGGAAAAGGAUGAGUUGGCAUGCCUGCCAAGAGAAGAGGAGCUGUCCAAUGGGACUGCAGGCUGCCAGAGGGAGUGGGAUGGUCUGCUUUGCUGGCCAGCUAUGGGAGCUGGGGCGUCAGUCAUCCUGCCCUGCCCAGACUUCUUCUCUCUCUUCAGCCCCAAGCCAGGAACAGUGAGGAGAGACUGCACGGGCAUGGGAUGGUCGGACCCCUCCCCACCUUAUCUUGAAGCAUGUCCCGUAGAGCUUGAGUCUCUGGCUGAGGAGAAAUCCUACUUCUCCACAGUCAAGAUCGUUUAUACAGUGGGUUACAGUGUCUCUCUUGCUUCCCUCCUCGUGGCCAUCGUGAUCCUGAUGACCCUCAGGAGGCUUCGCUGCCCCAGAAAUUACAUCCACGUCCAGCUCUUCUGCACGUUCAUCCUCAAAGCUGUGGCCGUUUUCCUCAAAGAUGCCAUCAUCCUCCAAGGGGAGGACGAGGUUGACCACUGCACCUUCUCCACGACUGGCUGCAAGCUCUCUGUGGCCUUCUCCUACUAUGCCUCCAUGAGCAACUUCACCUGGCUCCUGGUUGAGGCCAUCUACCUGACGUGUCUCCUGGCCACGGCCUUCCCCAGUGGAACCAGAUACUUCUGGUGGCUUGUUCUUGGUGGCUGGGGGCUUCCCAUGUUUUUCAUCCUGGUCUGGAUCGUCUUCAAAUUGGCUUUUGAAGACAGAGUGUGCUGGGACAUGAAUGAAAACUCCCCCUAUUGGUGGAUCAUCAAAGGGCCCAUUGUCCUUUCAGUUGGGAUCACCUUCGGACUCUUCCUCAACAUCAUCCGUAUCUUGCUCAAGAAGUUGGAGCCAGGACAGAACAACUUCCAGAGCCGUGCCCAGUAUCGGCGGCUCUCCAAGUCAACUUUGCUCCUCAUCCCGCUGUUUGGAACUCACUACAUCGUCUUCAAUUUCCUCCCAGACAGCACCGGCAUGGGCCCCCGCCUCUGCCUUGAGCUGGGCUUUGGCUCUUUCCAGGGCUUCAUCGUGGCUCUCCUUUACUGCUUUCUUAACCAAGAGGUCCGAGCUGAGCUGAGCAGGAGAUGGCACAGUCAUGACCUCAGCCUGGGGCUGACGCAAAGGCCGAGGCGGGCCAGGUGGAGGCCGGCCUGUAGCUCAGGUCUGAGGGUGCCAACGUCCAGGUGCUAGAUCUGCCUGAUAAGAUGGGAGCCCCCAGCCAACCAGACCCAGCUUCACCAGACCAGCCUCAGGAAGGGCUCCAUCACCCACUUCAACACAUCCUUCCUCAUACCCCCUCCUUUCCCACUUCCCUUCUCUCCUCCCCCCCCCAUGCCUAGUCCUGUGCUCAGAUAAAGUAGAAGAGCCCAGAGGAGGACGGUAGAGUUGGAAGGCACCUUCUGGGGGUGGGAAGGACAACACCCUUCUAGAACAGUUCAAGAGAGCUAUGGGAACCCAGAGUCAAUUCUCUUUCCUUCUCCUCUCCAGCUUUCCUGGUCCUGGCCAGCUUGUGCCUCCACCAGGAAGCCUGCCUGAAUGAUUCUAGGCAGGGCAGAUCCCUCCCUCCUCUGAACUUCCGGGGCCAGCCCCAGGGCAUGGCUCCUAAGCCAGCUCCUAGUCACACACGGCCUCUCAGGAACCAGGAGGAGAGCUCCAGCCUGAAGGUUGUCCUGCUAUGUGGAACUGGAACCUUUGGGCAGACAGGGAGCUCCCUGAGGGCAGGGCAGCAGCCAGCCCAGAGUCAUGCUGAGGGUGGGGGAGAAGGCUUACACGGGAGUCACAGUAAUCACCAUGGUAAUGAUCUGCAGUCCUCUUCCACCUCCCUUGACUGACCCCCCUUCAUGCCUUGUCCACACCAGUCCCACUGGUCUCCAGCUUUUCCCCAUUUCCCUCCUCCACAGGCUCUCCCUCCACCCCCUCCUCGAGGCCUUUCCUGAGCCCCACUCCUGCUGAUUAGCUCCCCCUUUCGAGAUGACUAGAUGCUGUUUCCUUCUUUCUCCCUACCCUCAUCCCAA